AUGUUUGGUGUGUUAGGGAGGAAAAGACAGAAAGCUCAAGAGGAAGGGAUUGAGGAGCCAAGUGAGGGCAAUGAUACUGCUAAGUUCUGGCUCGAUACAUGUACUCCUACCUGGCGGAUUCGACGCUUCUUUGCCACAUUUCGUGGCUUCUACGAGGGCUCCUUGGAUCUUACUGGUCGCACCGAAAGGCGCUGGAACUCGUUGAAACCUAGGAUGAUUUCGUUUCUGGAAGAUCUUGACAUACUCAAGCAACAUGCCACCAGGACGACAUCGGUGGCGGAAUGUCCCGUGCUUGAGGGUAUGGAGCCGCACAAAAUCACUACAACCAAAUACCAGCUCGAUCCCGAGUUAUCGGCGAUAGACAUCCUGAAAAAAUAUAGGAUGAAUGACGGCGCACUAUUAGAUGAAAUAUUCCCCUUGGCAGAACAGAUGAAAGGGCUGCUUUCAUCGGAGUCACAGCCCAUCUUUCAGAAACUGUUCUUGCUGGAUCUCCCGCCUGAGAUAAUUCAUCACGUAAUGGAACUUACGGACGUUGAAGGCGCACGUCUUCUUGGAGCCACUUGUCACGCAAUGUAUGAUAUAUCACUAUCGCACAAAUAUAAGUGUCGAUAUCUCGCUUUGAAAUUUAACCCAGACAUGGAGAGUGUUGGUGUUGACACCAGUGAUGAAAUUUACAUGGAGAAGAUGAGGGAAUACCUGCAUUCACAUCUCUUUUCAACGCUGCAGGAGCUGUCGCAGGAUAUCACAUUUCUCCUCUCCCGCACAGACAUUACCCAACGCAUCAGAAACCUCUCACUGGGGAAUCAAUGGAGCUCCGACCACUUGGCCCUGGCUGGUCUUGACCUCAGCGACGACCCUAAUGCUUAUGCCACGUUCUUCGCCCCCGUCUGCAAAGGUUUCGAGUCUGUUCUAACGCGCGCAUCAGACGUUGUUGAUUUGUGCCUCUCCACGACUAUCUCACCGCAGAUGUUAUUCGCCAUGGCAGCGAUGGCCAAUCUCCGUACGCUGGAAAUUAUCGACUGUCGUUUUUCCACACGACCCCAGACCCAGUUGCCCCGGUUGACUUCCGUGAUCAAUGCUUCAUUCAUCAUCACCUCCGACGAUGACGACGACGCAGAUGAAGUUUUGCUCCUGCUCGCUUCGCUGCCCAAUCUUCGCAUGCUAUGUGUGGACGGAUCGCCUUACAAGCCUUUCCGAAUGCAUCAAAUUGGUUUUGAUAAAGGAGACGAGCCCCCUCGGCGCAUUGAACGCAUUUCCCUAGCGCAAAUCGCUCGUGACCAACUACCUGUGCUUGGUAUCUGGAUUCGCCGAGCAGCCGAGUUGAACGACGGACGGUCUUGCCUCACACAUUUCAAGCUAGAGGUCGAAUACGGACUAGGCCGAGAUGAACUAGCUGAUUUAAUAUCUGCCCUUCGGGGUGCUCCCAUGGACACUCUGAUUCUUGAUGGUCUGGCCUACGUAGGGCUGGAUUUAUUUGCGGAUAUCUCUAGUGCUUUUCCGGGCCUGCGUUCGCUGACGCUUUUUCGUCGCGAGAAUAGUCUGCAGCGGCGUUGUUCACGUAGCAGAUGGCCAGAGCCGUCCUGGACGUAUGCGUCGUAUCUCUCUCGAUUCACGAACUUGCAGCAUUUCGGGUGGAACUUUGACAUCAAUCCUUACUGCGUGUAUAGCCCGCGCUUUCUCCUCCUGAUGGAGAACGGGUACUCCACCGAAAGCUGGGAGUCAGUUUUCCAAUCCGCCGCCGACGAAUGCUUUACCGAAUGGGAGUGUCUGGCUCGACUUUUCGCAGCUUACUGUGCAACACUCCAAUCGCUGAGUUUCGCAGUAUCGGAUGUCGUAGCGAUCCAGGACUUCUCAAUCUCAAGGGACAAUGAGGGAAAGGUUACAGUUGACACCUUUGAUAUCAAUGGUUCGAUCGGGCGAAUGAUCGUUACAAACCCGGCUGCCUAUGCUAACUCAUAUCCGUGGUUAAGCAGCGCCCGUACCGAAAGGAGGGCCCCUCAUCGAGCCAACGACCUCAUUAUUGCAUCUAAAUAG